AUGUCGGCGGCGGGCUCGCGCGAGGAGAUGUUGGAGGCGCUGCAGAGGGCGAAGCAGGCGAUGGCGCGUCGCGUCCCUGCGGCGCCGCAGCAGGAGGAGGCGCCCGCGGCGGGCCGCGCACUGCAGUUGCGGGGUGCCGAGGCGUCGCCUCCGCCGCCGCGGCCGCGGCCGCAGGUCCACUCCGAGGCGCGGGAGAACCGAGGCCACUUCUUCGACACGUGGUGCCGCAAGAUUGAGAUGUUCGUCGCGGACCCCACGAAAACGAUGUUAGAGCUGCCGAAGGAGUUGGCGGCCAACGACCGCCGCGAGCUGCACAGCCUGGCCGAGCGGUACAACCUUAGCCACCAGUCCCGCGGCACGGGGGCCACGCGGCAGCUGGUGCUGAAGAAGGACGCCCUUCACUACAGAAUGCCCGACAUACGCCCGGAUGACAUUGAGGCAAUUAAGCAGAAGGCCGGGAGUAAGGAGUCCAAGUUCCACCUGCGUCGCGUCGUGCAAGACGCUGACGUGGCGGUGGGGUCGAUUGGGGCCUUUGCAGACGAGGCAACGGAAAACAUGGUCCGCCGCCUGGAUCGCGCGACAGAUGAGUAUCGCAAGGCGGUGGAAGUGGGCUACUCACAAGAAGAGCUGCUCGCACUAGAGGCAGGGGAGAGCGUGGAGGACAUUUUGCGUCGUGGUGACGAGAGGGGACUGCUGCAGGCAGCUAUUGCUGCGCAACCCGGCGACAUGGGCGGUUCCGUUCCGCCUGUGUCGACGCCCGCUGGCGGCGAGGCCGCCCCUGGCGCCUCGCUAGACGGCAGAAAAAACAAGUUUUACGACGAGGUUUGCCUUCGCUGCGGGGCACGGGCACGUGUGGAUUACGAUGUGCAGAAGUGGGAGUGCAAUGGGUACUGCGCCCAGUGUGCCGCGCAGACGAUAUGGAAGCUGGUGGAGCUGGAGAGUGUCACGGAGGAGCUUGUCUACGCCUCCACGCCGGCGGGCCGAAAGCGCGGCCACCACGAGGCGGAGACGGAGACCUCGCCGGCGCGGCAGGAGCCGGAGGAGAUUGACAAGGACAACGACGAGGAUGACACCAUCACCGUGGAGGAUGUGGUGGAUAUGGCCAGCAUGAACGACUUCUGUGCCGCGGAUGUCAACUGGAUUCGCCGUUUCGCGAGGCAUCAUCAGCCGCAGGGCAGCGGAAAUAUUCUCAGCCGGCACAUUGUGUUUUGCAUCGAGUUUGGGGACCUCUACAGCAUGCGCAUUUUCCGCGACUUCCUCACACCAGGGCACACAGAAGGUGCUGAGAGGGAGCGAAAACGCCCGAGAGGAGAGCCCAACACGGGCGCUCAGAAGGAUGCGGGCCAAACUGGGUGGUUUCUGCGCCUUUGCGAGGUCAAGGACACCGGGGUGCCCUUGUCCACGCUGCUGGAGGAAGUCAGCUCCUGCAUUCCCGAGCGAUACGAUCGUCUUGCCGUUGCUUUUCCAAACAUGUCUGUGUAUGGGGCAGUGGCCACGUGUGUGUGCCUUGUUCAGUCCGAUGCGGUGCAGGAAGGCGCCUUAGAGUCUCUACAAAGGAAGUACGGGAAGAACUGUGUCCGCUUCGCACGAGAGCUUCGCAUCGUCCUUGCUAACGACGAUGAGGGCUCUGCAUGA